UGCCCUCCCCUGCAAUGCUCAGGCCAGACAGAGAGGAAUGGGUGGCUCAAGGGAGAGUAUUUCCCCCCCAACAUAUUAUUAUGAACAUUUUUAAACACAGGAAGGUGGAAAGAAUUUCAUGGUGAUCCCAUAUAUGCACUACCUAGAACUACAUUUAAUUCCCAGGAGGCUUUAAGCUGGCGGGUUUAGCAGGGUUUUUGUGGCAGAAUGGUGUCAGCAGGCAGGUCGCACAGUUUCUGAACUCUACCGCAUAAGCCUGAUUCCAGUCCCAGGAGCGGGGCUGAAGGUGGACACACAUCCAGGGGACACUGUCUGGCCAACAAAUUCAGGCCUUCUCCCUGCCCCCUCAUGGCUGGGUCUAGCUCCCACUGGGGGAACAGGCUGGGGCUGGGGCACCCAAAGGCAAGGGUACUGGCCAAGGACCCUCUACAGUAUGGAUAUGGGGUGAGUGCCAGGUCUUCCUGGGCUCUGGGCCCUGAGCUGUUCCCAAGAUCAGCUCUGUGUUACGGGGUAGAGGUGCCUGAAGUCAUCAAGGACCUGUGCUGGCGAGCCUCCUGCAUUGGCCAGGAAAAGAUCUGGUCUCUGUGGGAUGUCUGCUGGCCCCUGGCUGAGAGCUCUGACCCCUCCUCAGCAGAGUUGGUCUGAAGAGAGACCAGGGGCAGUGAGGAUCAAGGGGCUCAGGUGACCAAAAUCCUAUCUCUUUCAUUCCUGUCCUAGUCCCUCCCCCAGAGUGAGCGCUCGCUGUCCCCACAGCAUUGCUGAUGUGGAGUGGACAGCACAGAGACUGCAGUGCCCCAUGGACACAGACCCUCCCCAGGAGAUUUGACGGAGGUUUGGCAAGAAGGUAACAUCAUUCCAGCCCCUGCUGUUCAUGGAGGCCCACCAGGAGAAGUUUCAGUGCAGCUGGCGCCACCAGACCUUGCAGCAGUUCAAGCGCUUCAUCGAGAACUAUCACCACCACAUUGGCUGCAUGGCUGUGUUCUACGCCAUCAGCGGGGGCCUUUUCCUGGAGCGGGCCUACUACUACACAUUUGGGGCUCACCCCAUGGGCAUCACGGACACCACCCGUGUGGGAAUCAUCCUGUCCCGGGCCACGGCCGCCAGCAUCUCCUUCAUGUUCUCCUACAUCCUGCUCACCAUGUGUCGCAACCUCAUCACCUUCCUGUGAGAGACCUUCCUCAACCGCUAUGUGCCCUUCAACGCCACUGUGGACUUCCAUUGGCUCAUUGCCUCCACGGCCAUCGUCCUCAUAGGCAGGGCCCGGGAGUCCCAGGGACUCUGUUCAUGUCCUCCUGCACCUUGCUGCCUGCCCCUCCUCUCUUUUGUGCUUGAAUGUAAGUCCUAGAUGUCCUUCUCAGAAGGAUGGAGCUGGCCCGUAGUGGUGUGAAGUGAGCCCAGGAGCCCCACCCCCCCACCCCUGCCUGGUGCCUCUUCCCAUGCUUUCAGGGCCACCUCCCCAGCCUCCAGCUGACAAGUUAGCAACAGCCCAGGACGUGGGCACAUCAUGUGUGAUCUCUCCCAGUUUUUAUAUUGGAAAACAUACUCUGUGAGAGAAACCCAAAGAAUGAACUUCUAAUGGUAUAAUUUCAGACUCCUGUGGCUGUGCUCAUGGAUGAUAUAUAUGGGGCACAGCAGGGGUGGGGAGGGACAGGAGGAUGGCUAGAGACCAGAAGUGCAGACCCCAAAGGUCCUUCUUCAGGACCCCAAGGCUGGGUGGCUGGAGUCCUCCACCUUGGGCUGAAUGGGUUGAGCGCCCCCACCAGGCUGCCCCCUGGCUCACUCCCACCCUGUCUGGUCUUCCUUAGUCUUGCACAGUGCGGGCCAUGUGGUAAAUGUGUACCUGUUCUCCAUCAGCCUGCUCAGCGUCCUUUCCUGCCUCUUCCCUGGACUCUUCCACGACGAUGGGUGAGUGAGUGGGCAACUGUGUGCGUGUGUGUGCGUGUGUGUGUGUGUGUGUGUGUGUGUGU